AUGUACGUACCACAAUUAUCAUCUGUUGAAAUUCCUCAGGAAUUCGAUUUGGUUGCUGCAGCAAACGAAAUGUUUUCAUGCACAAAGUACUGUGGUACGGCAGAAAAGAAAAGAUUCAUAGAAAAAAAUUAUCCAAAAUUUAAAGAACUUGGUAUCGACCCGUUUUCAAACAAAAUCAAUCAAAAUGACUUAGCAGAAUAUUUCAUUAGUCAUCAGUCCGAAAUUCCUUCAAUCAACAAUUUUCAACUCAUUAAUUCACCAAAAAUUGCAUAUUUACUUUAUAAAAACGGACUUAUUCAAUUAAAUUUUAUAGAAAAUGUUCUCAAUACAUGCCCUUUUCCUGAAAAAAUCAAGCCUUUCUUACUAUAUUUUCCAAAAGUAAAUCUUUCGCAGAUUAAUCUCACAGAAGGAAAUCAAGAACUGCAUGAUUUUUUAUCUCUUACAGAUGAGCAACAAAAAUAUUUACUUGAAAAUGAUAUUGUAAAUAAUUCUUUACGUUUUCAUAUCAAAAACGAUGAUAUCAACUACUUAACAUCUCUUGAGAUUACAGAUUACAAUGUUUCCUUUACAGAUAUCCCGGUAAUACCUUCAAUUGAAGGAGAUCUCUAUUUACCUUUGUAUAUUGCUGCACAAUUUUCCUCUUUGAAAUGCGCAAAGCACUUAAUACAACAUGGAGCAAUUGUCUCACCAGAAAUUAUGACAAAAGCUAUCGAAAUUGGUAAUAUGGAAAUUAUAAGAUUAUUUGAAACGGCUGGAGGAAAGAGUAGUACAAAUAUUCUUGCAGCACUAAACUCAUGCAAUACAAAAAUAGCUGAUCAUUGCAUAGCAAAGUUCGCAGAACGUCAUUCUCUUGAAGAAACGAAAAAUGAGUUCAAGAAAAUACUGGAAAGUACUCAUAAUGCACGUUUCUUAGUAUACUGCAUAACAGCUGGAAUUAAAAUAGACAAUAUCCGCUUGCCGACAGAGUUUAUUCCUUACGCUUUCAAAGAAUGCAACAAAUUAACAUUUGCAAACAUCGAUGGUAGGAUCCAUCUUGAAGCAGCAAAGUUACUUAUUGAUAAUGGAUGCCAAAUACCAGAUGAUGCCCUAGAAAAAUGCACUCAAAUUGAAGUAAUUUUCUUGUUGCUCGAAAAUAAGUGCGAAGUCACUGAUAACUUUUAUAAUAAUAUUCUCCCUCUUUUAUCUCCAUCAGAACAACAAUGGAUUAAAUUCAAAAUCGCAAUGACAAACGCGUGA